UGCGACUAUCUCCGAGUCGGAAAUUUUCAGAAAGUCUCAGUGAGUUUGUUUUUCUUGCUAUUCCUGCGAUUUUUGUGAAAUUUUUAGGUUUAUUGUGAUAGAGAAUUGUGAGAAAAUGUCGGCAUUUAAUAAUUGCACCAUACCCAUCUGGAGCAAUGGUCCAGCACCAGGGCAAUUCUACAAUUUCCCCGGUGGUUCAUCAAUGCAGAACCGUGACAUGCAAUUUGGGUUUAAGGGCACUUUUGGUUCCCAGAGGACAUCGAAGCCAAUAACCACCGGAACGUCUGUCGUGGGGCUCAAAUUCCGCGAUGGAGUAGUCAUUUCCGCAGACACGCUGGUGUCUUAUGGGUCCCUGGCUCGCUUUACAAACGUAGACAGGGUUUUUAAGGUGAAUGACUACACAAUUCUGGGCGCAGGAGGAGAUUAUGCAGAUUUUCAGUUCCUGAAGCAGCACAUUGAUCAGAAAGUGGUGGAUGAUAUUGCCUAUGGAGACAACUACCACAUGAAGCCAAAGUCCCUGUACAAUUGGCUCAUGAGAGUUCUCUACAACAAGAGGAGUCGCUUCGAUCCCCUCUGGCUGGAUAUUGUGGUAGGUGGGAUGCAGGAUGGAGAGCCUUUCCUGGGCCACAUUAAUCUCCGAGGCAGAGCGUACGAGAAUAACGCCAUUGCCACGGGAUAUGGCCAGCAUCUGGCCAUUCCACUGCUCAGGGAGUACAGUGAGAAUCCGCAAAUUGUCUUGGAGAAGGAUCAGGCACUGGGUCUCACGAAGAAGGUCAUGGAGGUGCUCUUCUAUCGGGAUUGCGUAGCCUACAAUAAGUACACUCAGGCCAUCGCAACGGCUGAUGGAGUGAAGGUGGAAGGACCUAUCAGUGUGGAUCAAAACUGGAAUGUAGCGAAUAUGAUUAAAGGAUUUUAAGGCAAAAUCAUUUUUAUAAAAAUUUCUCAUUGAAAAUUAAAGAAUUAAUCCCGACGAAAA